AGUGCUUCACAGUGAAGGGAAAAAAGCCUAGACAAACAUUUUGUCAGAACCUUGCUAUGAGACAAGGUAUUACCAGUAAAUUGGUUGUAUAUACAAUAAAAUUGCACCCUUUUUUAAACAAAACAAACUAAGCAAUAGUUUGGGCAGUUAGUUGUUUUUAGUGAGCAUGUUGUAGUCAUGGCUGCAAAGAGAGAGAAUUAAACUGCCCACUCAGAAGAUAUGUAAUUUGUAUGUUGUAUAGUUUUAUUGAUUACACUGAUUUAUUCUACCCUAUUUUAUAAUGCAGGACUUUUGUAAUGUUGUUUAAAUGAGGAAAAAUUUCUGUCAAAUUAGCUUAGUGGAAUUUCUGAUUGUUCGUUAUAAAGGCAGCGUUCAUAGAAUUGCUUUUUUUUUUUUUUUUUUUUCCUUUGGGAACUGGAUUUAAGUUAAAAACUUUCCCGUUUCCUUUUUGUAUGUAUUUAAAUACAGUUAUUUUUCUUCUCUCAAUGGUAUAGCAUAUUCCUAUGCUUGAGAAGUAUAGGCUACUGAAGAACCAUUGUAAAUGGACAUUACAGGUAUGCUGUAUUUUUGAAGGUAUUUUGUCAUAUUAAGUUUGAUGACGCUAAAGUUAGGGAACUCUGAGCAGAAUUGCGAGAAAAAAAAAUGUUUUAAAGGCUUUAAAACAUUAGGUAGGCGGUCAAGGGUGUUAACCAACAGGGGUUGUAAAGUAUUACACGCUAAAUUCAAGUUUCCUUCACCUUGCUCCCAGGCGGGAAAGCCGGCGGCUCCGUUCCGUGCAGGUGGAGGGAACAGACAGUGUUUGACCCUCCGGAGCGGGCGCCGAGCCGGGGGUCCCGCCGGGGGUGUGCAGGCAGGAGCAGGCAGGAGCCCCCGCUCUCCGCCUCGGGUCCCCUUCCCGCUCCCCUCCUUCUUUUUUGAGUCACGCGAACAACUUUUUUCUGAUUUUGGGUUGGUUUGGCUUUUUUUUUUUCGCUCCAGAAUCCGUCAGACCCACAAAUACUCUGACCUGUGCCCACCCACCCACCCCCCCCAUCCAAAUUUAAAGCCCGAGAAAUGGCUUAGCGCGAAUUGACUUCUUCUCAAGUUAAUUCCUUUCCUUUUUUUUUUCCUCUUUUUUUUUCUUUUUUUUUUUUUUUUGAGCGAGGGCACUUGCUUUUAUCAUGCCGCACACCCCAGCAAUGCCAUUAUUAUUUAUUCUUCCUCCUUUAUAAGAAAAACUUUCGGGCUUCGAGUUUAGGCAGCCAUGGUACACUUUGUCUCUGUUGCUUGUUCCCCCUCCCCUUAAGGUCGAAGGGGAAAAGAAACACCAAGUUUUCUCAACUCCACAGUAUUCAGUCAGCCCACAGGAAUAUGCAAAAUCCCUCUAACAUUUUUUUUUUCUUUCUCUAGUUCUCUUUGUUCCGUAUAUUUGCAGCUUUGUAGUAACAGUGUUAUAAAAUAUUUACUGUACAAAAAUACAAAAAAACCCAGAUACAUAGCCUAAAACAGUUUUUUUUUCCUUGUGGUGAAUUAUUUUUUUUUUUUUUAAAGAAUGUCAGUUAAUAUUGUACUUUGCAUUGUGUCUCUGGAAAUAUCUUUUUCUUUUUUUCUUUUUUUUUUUUUUUUUUGGUAGAAGGCCUCCAUCGAACAAAAUUAAAACCAUAACCGGCAUGACAAUGUAAGGAGAGCUUCAAUGGCACCUAAACAAUAAAUAAAUAACAAAAUAAACCUCAUGAGGUCUGUCGGAGGCAGGUCUUGUGAAGUUAACACUGCCUGCCAGGCAGGAUUUUCAUUAAAUCGAGCUUACAAUGCCAAUUUUGUCUUGAAGUCAAUGCAUGUAUUACUGUUUGACAGUAAACCCAGCUAUGCCAUCAUCAAGUCCAAGGCUGCGCAAUAGUCUAAUUAGUAUCGAGUACAUUUUCCUUUUAUUUUUUCCAAUAAAAAAGCAGUGGGAUGAAAAUUGCUUUGAUAUAUAGCAGGUAACAUUGAAGCUAUUCCAUAGCACUUAACUGUAGUGAAUACUGUGUCACCAAUUCUGAAAUCAAUUUAAUGUUUAAUGCAAAUCCAUUACAUGGUGCUAUUACAGGCUGGCAAAAUGAUUUACAAAAAUGUGACAACUUGGGCUCAAUUCACUCUGCUUUCCAACAAUGUAAAUGCAUAGCAGUGUUUAUCUGCAUGAAAACUAUGCACUAAUCUAUCUGAAAAAAAAAAGAAAAAAAAGAAAAAAAAAGAAAAGAAUAUAUCAACUUUGGUAUCUACUUUCCGUUUACUUCGAUCCUUGCCUUUUCGGUCAUUGUUAUAAUGCCAGCUUUAGGACAGAAAGAAUUAUAAGAAAACCAGCAUAAUACCUGAUAUAUUAAAAUGUAGUGCCUGUGAAAUCUGUAUUAUAUUGCUCUUCUGAAGUAAGAUUUUUUCUACACCGGUAGCCUUCGCUGUCUGUCAGAACCUUCUGAUAUAGGUGAUGUAAAAUAACCGUACAAUAUUAAUGCAUGCUAUUCCAUAAUGCUUAGUAGCUGUAUGAAUAUUACUCAAAGUUAUGUUAGUCUUUUUUUCUGACUUGGUUCUUGUCAGAUAGGUUUAAAGAUAUUUCACUGAGAACGCAAAUUCUGUCUUUUCUUGAUUUGGGGUGUUUUCAGUAUUUUGGAGGUAUACAUUUACUUAAAUUCAGUAUUACUUGUGUUUUGGGUUUUUUUUCUUUUUUUUCUUUUUUUUUCCUUUUCUUCUUUUUCUUUUUUUUGUUUGGUUUUUUUUUUUUUUUUUUUUUUUUUCCUCCUCUCCGUUCCUAGAGGGCAGGACAUGGUGUUUGAGACCAGAAAUCCGUGCCUGGUUAAGAUUUUCGUCUCAAAAAGCUACCCUAAGAAUUCAGAGAGCUUGCUCUGAAAGAACAGCCGCAUAAAGUUCAAAUUUGGGGGACAGUCCUUUAAACCCACAACCGAGCUGAUCGAGCUGACGUUGCGAGAGAUUUCUUAAUGGGCAGCGGUUCACCAGGUACCCCAUGCUUGACCCUUCUUCACACCAGACUUCCUCAUAUAGAAAGAAAAAAAAAAAACCCUUUUGAAAAAAAAAAAAAAAAGAAAAAAGAAAAAAAAAAACCUCAUGUGGUUGUUUAGUUUCAUGCACAGUUGCAAUAUUUUUCUUCAAACAAACUCUGUACAAACUUUGGGCCCGAUUCAUAAAAGCUCCUUUGCUAUUAACACGGGAGGCUGGUGGUGGGCUUUUCCCGGCCAAAAAUGGAGGAUGGUUUGCUCUCCCAGCCCGCGCUUGGGCGAGCCCCGCUUUCCUCUCCCUCCCCUUCCCCUGGCCGUCCCCCCCGGACCCCAGCGGAGCCCCGGGAAGGGUCCAGGAAGGGCCGGGGCAGCGCAGGACCAUGCUCCCACCGCAGGCUGGCAGGAGAACGGGGGGAGGCAGGGAGACGCCGCGCUCCGGGCGAUGCCAGGGGUGCGGAACGCGGUGGUACGAGGCUGCUCGGUUACAAACGAGAUCUUGUCCGUACCAGGAAAAAAAAAAAAACAAAACAAAAAAAAACAACAAAAAAAAGACGCCAGAUCGCUACCUCUGAGCUCUAGAGAAAAACCUUUGCAAAGGCAAACGUUCGUACACAAUGUGAACUUUUGUACUUCUACGCUUUUUUUGGUUUUUUAGGGAAGACUAUUUUCCACUUAGUUAAUCUUCUAUGCUCGAGCAUGAACAAAAACAAUUGUGUUGGGUGAAAUUCCACCCCACCCCCCCCCCGCCUUUUUAUCUGCAUCCACAAAUUAAUAUGAGGGGGGGAAAAAAAGAAAAAAAGAUGCGUUUGUAGAUGGAGCACGGUAGGAAGAGAGUGCCCGGCUUGGCACCCGCUGCCUGCUCCUGCCCCCGGCGCCCGGCUGCCACUGCUGCCCUGGGGAAAGGCCCGUGAAAUUCUUUGCUUUGGCAAUACAAUCAAGGAGAAAUCUCCAUUUGGAGCUCUGUCCUGGCCCUGUCCCGCUGCCCCGGCCUGGCCCCCGCCGAGUCCCGCAGCGACAAUUGGAAAUUGGGGGCGCUAAAAUUUCCACCGGCCGUGUGAAAGAUCUGCCGCAAAUUCACUUGACACCCGUGUUAAUACCAUGUCGUGUUCAUUUUUUUUUUAUGAGUCAGGCCCCUCGUGCCUCUAGUAUACUUGUAUUGACUCUCAUAGUUACCAUUUUAGUUUUACUGUGUUCUGUGAAAAAAAUUGUAAUUGGUUGAGAAUCACUGUGGGCAUCCAUUCUUAUUCAACUAAGUCUCCGCAGGUUUUUUGAGCUGGUGUGGAUUAGUUUAACUCUUGUAUUCAACCAUUAGUGCUACCACCUUCUCACAUUACAAUACAAUUACUGGAAGCAAGUACUGCAUUUCCUAUGCAACAAAAAAGGAAAAUAAAAAAUUGCUAAUGCUAA